AUGCUUUCGAUAUUUGGAUGCCCAGUAAAAAUUUUUUGUAACAAAGAAACGGUUACAAUAAAUGUAAGAAAUAAAGAAACUAAUGAAAAAAUUAAAUUGUACGAUUACGUUAAAAAAAAAUGUCCGUCAUUAAUUGGAGAUAAAGCGUAUUAUUAUCCUACUCCUUGGAUUGGAAAUGGUCAUGUUCAAACUGCUUAUGCCGCUUUCCAGAAAUUCGAAGAUAUUCAUUUAAUUGAUUAUGAGAGAAAAAUUGUCUCGACACCUGAUGGAGGACAAAUUGCUGUUGAUUGGACUCCUCCGCUUAGUAAAAAACCAUUUGAUGAUACUCCAACAAUCGUCGUCUUACAUGGACUAACCGGAGGAAGUCAUGAAUCCUAUAUUAGGUGUAUAUUAGAUAUUUUGGUUAAUCCACCACAUAAUUAUAGAGCAGUUGUAAUUAAUUUUCGCGGAUGUGCUGAAUCAGAUAUUACGUCACCAAGACUUUAUUCAGCUGCUGCAACUGAUGACAUUAGAUCAGCUAUACGUUAUAUUAGAGAAUGCAUUCCCGAUGCUCCGUUAUUAGGUAUCGGAUUUAGUAUGGGUGCAAAUAUUUUAGUUAAGUAUCUUGGGGAAGAAGGAGAAAAUACUCCUUUGUCUGCCGCAGCUUCGAUUGCGAAUCCCUUUGAUCUUGUCAAUGGAAGUAGAGCAUUGGAAGGAACUUAUGCUGGAAAAUACAUUUAUUCACCUGCUAUGGCAAGUAAUCUUAAAGAAGCACUUGCAAGACAUGAACAUAUGAUGAAAAAAGAUAAAAGAUUAGAUUUGGAAUAUGUAAAAUCAGCAAAUACAUUAAGAGAAUUUGAUUCAAGAUUAACAACAGUAAGUUUCGGUUAUGAAACAGUAGAUCAUUAUUAUAAAGAUGCAAGUUCAUCACAAUUUAUACCAAAAAUUAAAAUACCAUUAUUAUGUUUAAAUGCUGAAGAUGAUCCAAUUGCUUCACAACAAUGUAUUCCUUAUAAUGAAUGCAUUUAUAAUUCAAAUAUUAUCUUAGCUACUACUUAUUAUGGUGGUCAUCUUGGCUGGUUUACUGGUUUGUGGAAACCAACUAGAUGGUGUAUUAAACCAUUAUCUGAAUGGUGUAUUGCUUUUUUAGAAAUUUAUGGAAAUUCUAAUAAUAACAAUUCUUUAAAACAAUCAGAUGAUGAAGAAAGUAAUUCUUCAAGUGAAGUAGAAACUGUUGUUGAUGAUAAUUAA